AUGAGUUGGAGCCUCUGGGACACAUGACACAGAGUGGAACCAUGAAAGAAGUGACUUCAACGUACGCAGUUCAAGAUGGAGGGUUCAGGUCCAAGUACCACUCCUCAACCACAAGAUGACAGCAGCCUCCAGCUCUUGAUCUCCAGAAUGCCGGCGAUGCGGGUGGGGGGCAUCCACCACACGCUCCCCGCUGCCCUCACCUACUCCUGGCUGCUGCCGCUCUUAAACGCCACGUUUGGCCAGAAACCGGCCAAGCUCCCGCUGAUUCCCCGGAAACCUUUCAUCGCUGCAUGGAAUGUUCCACUUGACAUGUGUAGCAUCAAGUAUAAUGUCACAGCCAACAUUGACCCCCUCUUUCACAUAAAAGGAAGCCCGCGCGUCAGCUGGACGGGCCAGAAUGUGACCAUUUUUUACGCCAAUCGGCUGGGCUACUAUCCCCACUACUCCCCACAAGGCAAUGCCAUAAAUGGUGGCGUGCCUCAGAACUGCAGCCUGGACAUGCACCUGUUCAAGGUGUACCAGGACAUCCUCCACUUCAUUCCCGCUCAGGACUUCCGUGGCCUGGCUGUCAUCGACUGGGAGUUCUGGCGGCCUCAGUGGAGCCGGAACUGGCACAAGAAAGAAAUAUACCGCCGCAAAUCCAAGGAGCUCACGCUGAAGGCCUACCUCAACGUGACCGCGGCUCAGGUGGAGACGCUGGCAAAGCGCCGCUUCGAGAAAAGCGCCAGGGCCUUCAUGCAGCGGACCAUCCAGCUAGGAACCCGCCUUCGGCCCAACGGCCUGUGGGGGUUCUACCUCUACCCGGACUGCCACAACUACAACCUGCAUGAGCAGGACUACACGGGCCUGUGCCCCUCGCUGGAGAGGCUGCGGAACGACGAGCUGGCCUGGCUGUGGAACAGCAGCACGGCGCUGUUUCCCUCUGUGGCCUUCAGGAAAAUGCACACCGACAGCAUCAGCAACCUGCACUUCUCCCAGCACCGGAUCCGGGAGGCGCUCCGCAUCGCCUCAAUGACCGCCAAGGACUACGACCUCCCCACCUACGUCUACCUCAGGCUGGCCUACCGAGACGACGCCAUGGCCUUUCUCACCACAAAAGACUUGAUCCAUACCAUUGGGGAGAGCGCUGCUCUGGGGGCAGCAGGAUUUGUUAUCUGGGGGGACCUGAACCUGACGUCUUCACAGCAUAACUGCACUGAGGUGAAGUCCUACCUGAGCCGGCGCCUGGGCCGCUACAUCACCAACGUGACCAGGGCGGCCGAAGUGUGCAGCAGCUUCCUGUGCGGGGGCCACGGCCGCUGCGUGCGCCGGGACCCGUGUGCCGGCCACUACCUGCACCUGAGCGCCCGGGACUACCAGAUCCUGCCCGCCGGGGACGGGGGCUUCUCCGUGUCCGGCUGGCCCUCGCAGCAGGAGCUCCAGCUGCUGGCCAGCAGGUUCCACUGCCACUGCUACCAGGGCCACCAGGGCCCCCGCUGCAUCAGCGCCAACAGGGUCCGCGAGCAGGAGGACAGCCGGGGGGGGGAGGAGGAGGACACGCAGAGGAGGAGGGCGGAGUGGGAGAGGGAGCAGGCUGGACAGACGGAGAGGGCAAACAGCUCUGCAGGGCCCAGCGCCCGCCGGGGGGGCUUCAUACUGUGGGUUAUUUUCAACUUAGUAUUUAUGAAGUGCUGUGACCAUUUUUCAACAUAAUCGCUCAAUGCUUCUUUUUGUUUUUGUUUUUAUCCCUGUCCAGCACUAUGGCAACAGAAUGAUAAUAUGAACAUGUCUGUCCAAAUUUGCCAGCGCAAUUCCAAGAGAAGCUUUGUUAUUAUAAAGUUUCCCUUACCUCCCAAUUUCAGUAGCAAGCCUUAGAAUCCAUCGUUCAUCCUCACACCGGUAUCAUUAUCUCCAACAGGUGCAGAUCCAGGGUAUUAAAAGCCAGGCUCAUUAAAGAAAACACUUGAGACAGACCCAAACGCGUCUGCUGCCCGUCCCUGCUGGAGCAUGCGGUCCUCCUCUUUUAGUCUAAGCCUAAAAGAGGCGAUAGUUUAGGUCUGAGUGCAGAAAAAGUACCAUAAAAAUGUUCUGUAUGCUUUAGGACAAAUGCUUCUUAUCCUGCUUUUACUGAUUAAAAAACUAAACAAAACAAAGAUUUCUUUGACAAUGGUCACCUAAUGGUUUAAGAUUGCUGUCAGAUCCCAGAAUUCUCUGACCAACUGUAAAGAGACUUUAAUAUCAUAACAGUGUAGCCACUGCCUUUUAUUGGAUCUUUAAAAAAUCUUUGUUUGAACAUAUUUCAUGAUUGUAAAUCAAAUUACAUAAAUGAUGGAUUCUGAGUUUUUAUUUUGAUAAGGAAAAGAAAAUGCACUGAAGAGACUUUUCUCAAACAAUGUUUCUUGUGAGAUUCUUCCCUUCAACAAAGAAUGAGAAGAGGAAAAAAAUGGACGAAAUAAACUUUGACUUUUCAUCCACUGAAACACUUGGAAGAGGAACACACACAAGCUUUCGCAUGAACCCACAGUUAACAUGUAUGUUUUACUUUACGUGGAGCAUUGAAAUGACAUGUUACAAAUAAAACAUCCAACUCAGCUCUACGCACCAAACUGAUUCAAACUUGCUAAUUGUGAAAAGCAAUAUGAGUUCUAACUGGGUGUGUGAGAAUUUGUUUUUUUACUAUCACCAACAUACCAAACAUGUGAACAGGCCCACUUCUGAAACCUUUUUUAAGAUAAGGAUCAUGUUGUGAAACCAUUUCCUCUGACUCAUGAAAUAGCAUAAAACCAGAUGCAAAGAACAGAGGUUUGGACUCACAGCAGGAGUGCAUCAGCAGGUAGGAUUUGGUAUAUGGAUGUAUAUUUUGAAUGAUUUAAUGACUAUGCUAUAUGAAUAAAGGGGAUUGGACAGGAUUUAAUGAAAGAUUGUUUCCGUCUGUGUGUUCAUAUUCAUAUGAAUUAACCAUUUUGACUAUUUGAUUAAAUUUCAAUUUCAGAUUGAUAUGAAACUGAAAAACUUUAUGAGAGUUGCUGUGCAUAGUAAGCCUGUUCACUUGGAGUUAUCAAAAGCAAUUUCUUUGCCCUAUUUAUGCUUUUUUAGGAAG